AUGGCGGGUGUGAGAUCGAAGAAGACAAAAACACACGAGCCCACUUAUGAGGCAAACCCGGGGGUAGAGGAUGAACACAAGAUUAGUAACCAGUGCGACUCCAGGAGAGACAAGGCUAUUGUGGCAGCGAUAGACUUUGGCACCACGUAUUCUGGGUAUGCCUUUACGUUCUGGAGUGAGUAUGAGAAGUCAGCUGGAGCACGAGAGAUAUUCAGUAAUAGAUGGUCUCCAAAUACGGGGUCACUUCUGUCGGCUAAAGCCCCCACCACUGCCCUCUUUGACCCAAAGAUGACCUUCCACUCAUUCGGAUACGAAGCAGAGGAGAAAUACGCAGACCUCAUACAGGCGAAACAACAUCAAGACUGGCACUGCUUCAGGAGGUUCAAAAUGAAGCUACACGACAAAAUGACCCUGAAUCGCCAAAUGGAAAUCACAGAUGAGGCUGGAGGUCUGUUUCCCGCCAAAACAGUGUUCACUGAAAGCAUCAGAUAUCUGCGUAAUCAUGUGCUGACAACGAUCGAAACUCGAAAUCCUAUGAACUGCCAGGACGCCAUCUCUUGGGUUCUCACAAUUCCCGCCAUUUGGACGGAGCCCGCCAAACAGUUCAUGCGCGAAGCAGCAUUUGACGCUGGGAUUCCCGCGGCAGAUCUGCAGAUUGCCCUUGAGCCGGAAGCAGCCGCGAUGUACUGUCGCUCCCUCCCAGAAGGCACCUUAAUCGACUCCAAAGACUGUGUGGUGAUGGACGCCUUCCAGCCGGGGGGAUCGUAUAUGAUAGUAGACAUAGGGGGAGGUACAGUGGACAUGACGGUACACAAGGUAGGUGAUGACAGAAAUUUGGUGGAAGUUCGACAAGCGUCUGGCGGACCAUGGGGAGGCACUUCGGUCGAUGAUACUUUUUACGACUUCGUUGUCCAAAAAUUUGGGAAAGAAUUUAUUGAAAAAUUCAGAAUCGAACGAGCGAGCGAGUGGAUGAAGUUGUCAAUGGAUUUUGAAACGCAGAAAAGGAAACUGAAGUAUGAUACUAACUAUAAUAUUAAAUUGGAAAUUCCACAACGUCUUAUUGCGGAGAGCAACUUACCCGUAAACGACAUACAAUCAUUCAACAAACUAAGCAUAGAGAAUGAUGAAUUCAAAAGUUUCUUUCGACCCUCUUCCGAGGAUAUCGUUGCCCACAUCCGGAUGAUUCUGUCAGAAACGGAAAAUGUUGAUCUGAUAUUAUUGGUUGGUGGAUUUGCCACAUCCGGAUAUCUUAAUCGGGUCAUUAUGGACGCCUUCCCCGACAAACGAGUGGUUGUACCACUCCAAGCAGAAGUAGCCGUAAUGUAUGGUGCUGUGCUGUUCGGGUUCGAACCUACGGUCGUUUGUUCAAGAGUUUGUCGACACACUUAUGGAAUCGAUGUUUUUGAGAAUUUCCGAGAAGGAUAUCAUCCACCAAAUUACAGGGAGAUAAUUGACGGUGCUCCAUCAUGUGUCAACGUGUUCAGUGUUCUCGCAUCGGAAGGGGAAACCAUAGGUAUUUCCGAAAUACGCACGCGCACGUAUUCGUCCACACACCGAGAGAAAGACAGACGUUACCUUGAAAUGGUGGUGCCGGUGUACGCCUCAAAGACUGCGCUGCCAAAGUACACGACUGAAGCAUCCUGUGUGGAGCUCGGUCGCAUCAAGAUGGAGCCACCGGCGGAAGGAUGGCCACCGGAAGUCCAUUAUUCUGUUCACAUGUUCUUUGGACAGACCGAGUUUAAGGUUACAGUGAAAAACGAUGUCACUGGACAAGACUACAACUCAAGCCAUGACUUUCUAAAAUGA